UACCGAUGUACCAGCAUUGAGAAUCGUGGCUACGAAUGCAUUUGCUGGUCUUCACAAGAUGAAAACUUUGGUACUGGUUCGAGACGCAGCCGAAAAUGACCCACUAGAUGCGAAAUACGGAGCCUUUUCCUCUCUCCCUGCUUCUACAAAAGCUGUUGUUGAUGACUACAGACUUUGCUGCAAUCUUUUGAGAGAUAUUCCAGGCUUCAAAAUCAGCAACUGUCAUACCACACAGUCACAGCCCCCGCUCAACCUCUGCGGUUCCCUCAUGCAGAACUACGGACUGCGCGUGUGCAUGUGGGUCCUUGGGAUUAGCGCCCUCUUUGGCAACUUCGGGGUUAUUGUUUGGCGGCUUCGGCACAGGGGGGAGGGGAACCCCGGCAAGAAAAUCCACUCAUUCCUGGUGCUUAAUCUUUCCGUAUCGGACUUCAUCAUGGGGGCAUACAUGUUGAUGAUAGCUGCUGCCGACAUCCACUAUGGGGAGCGAUACUCCAGUGAAGCGGCGCACUGGCGGUCCAGCGCGCCGUGUAAGGUGGCUGGGGUUCUGUCAGUUCUGUCUAGUGAGGCCUCGGUGUUCUUCGUCACACUGAUCAGUCUUGACUGCCUCCUCUGCAUAGUGUUCCCCUUCAGCAGACUCCGGCUCCGUGAGACGUCUGCCCAUGUGGUUGUCAUCGGUGGUUGGUUUGUGGCUCUCUGCUUUAGCAUCGUACCAACUCUAGUCGUGGACUCCAACUCGGACGUCUACGGUCUGUCAGACGUUUGCAUCGGGCUGCCCCUCACCACCAAAGCGGCAGGAGUCCAGCUGGAGCCCAGCGAUGUCGACAAUCCGUUCGGGGACGCUGGCGCCUUGCAGAUUGUUUCGUCGACCGGCCAGAAGCCAGCCUGGAUCCUGUCCAUCGUGUUGUUUCUCGGCGUCAAUUUGUGCUGUUUCCUGGUCGUCCUCGUCUGUUACAUCGCCAUUUUCGUCAAGGUUAAGCGAUCCGCUCGCAAGGUCAAGAAGAACUCGCACCGGGACCGCGAUAUCAAGAUGGCUGUCAAGAUGGCACUGAUCGUCGGUACGGAUUUUGCCUGCUGGAUGCCCGUCAUUAUUCUUGGUAUCCUGUCUCAGACCGGGGCGGUGCAGGUCGGUGCUGAGGUCUACUCCUGGAUCGUGGUCCUUGUCCUACCCAUUAACUCCUCCCUCAACCCGUACCUGUACACGAUCUAUUCCUCUGCCAUGGCCAAGCGCAGCGCGCAGCCGAGUAUCGAAAAGUCGAGUAAUAAAGUUUUGAAACCCAAAACUGGGUCAAUCGAAACAGUGAACUCCUCCUUGUCAGAUAGCAAGCCUAUUUGAUUGACAAGGGUAGGCACAGGCAAGAACUAACAAUCGUCCUACGUUCAUAAGCCAGACAGUGAAAAAAAAAACAGCCGAAAGCCAUACGGCUUAUGUACGAAGCAAAAAACCUGUAGGGAAGGAAUUAAGGUUUUGCUGUACGCUUUGGAGGCUUUGUUGGGUAGCGGCAUCAGGAAAUCUCUCCAGGUUGGACGUAUCGUGAACUUACAACAUUUUUAGACGACUAGGAAAAUUAAGCAAUGGUUAAUAUGCCCACGGAUACUUAAGGUAUAUCAGAGUGAGUUUAAAAAAACAAUACUCGUGAAUACAGGUUAAUGAUGUUAUAUACAUGCAGUGCAGGAGCGAACUGCUUGCUGAGAAUUGGCACCACGUGACCACAUUAUCAAUUUCGUAAAAUAGUCAUAUCGUUUUUAUGCGAAUUUGUUAAGCUUAAGAAAGAACAGCACCAUUUGUGUCAAUAUUUGGUUUGCCAUCCAACGACUAUUUCCUUCCGAGUGAACGUUUGAAGAAAAAAAUUCACCCGGAUAGGACUUGAUUUUCUUGUUCAAACGUCCAUUUGGGAGGUAAAACCCUGAGUAUACAGUGUUUAUACGUCGGUGAAGGGCAACUACCUAACAUUGCUUUACAUUAUCCUGUCGCAAAUUCAACUUGUAAAUAAUAUCAUGUUUGUGUCAAUAAUGAAAGAACAAAAUGCACCUUAAUAGCAGCGUUAAACGUGCAGUGUGUCACAUUUGAGAAAAUCAAUGAUCUUGAAUUGCAGCACCUGUUUAGUAGGCACGUUAGCUCGUAUCUAAUUCACAUGAAAAUGUUUACAUAUUAAGCAACAUUUCAAGUACUUAAUUGAUGAAAUCGCAUAGUAAAUAAGAUACUUUUACUUCUAAACGCAAUUUAGCUUUUGCAAAAUUGUUAAAAAAUAUUAAAAGCUUGCACAACCACCAAUGCACAUAAUUUUUUUUGGCACGUUUCCACGUUUAUCUUUCAAAGACACAAGAACCUUGCAUGAAAUAACAUAAAAUAAUAUAUUUAUUGUCAUGUUCAUUGUCAUGAGUUGAGCUCAAAUGUAUAACGUCACAAAUGAAAUUGUGCUUACAGAGUUAUCUUUUUAAACUGAUCACUUAAAUAAAAAAAUAUCUGGAAUAAAACGUUUUACUUCUCCGUUAUGCAAAGAAAGCUCUGAGAUAAAGGAACAUAAUUUUAGAAAUAAUGUAAUUUGAACAUAAAUGUAUCAUUUUGUAAGCAUUACCACUAAUAAAAAAAAGAUGAUCUGGAAAAAAAAACAUUUUACUUUACCGUAAUCUAAAAAAAGUACCAAUAUUAAAGAACUUUUUUAAUGGUGUUUUGGUCGUUAACAUGUGAAUUGUGAAAAGUUGAUUCACUAUCCUGUAGUUAGUACAUACAUUGUAUAUUUAGCUGUAUAAUUUAGUUUAAGUUCAGAAGAUUCGCUCCAAAGGUUUACCGUGGAAGGGGGACGUCUGUAAACAAGCUUCUCCAUCGAGCAUACGUGGACUGUGAAGCUGGGGUUGUCUAAACUGUACUUGAUCCGAAAUGCCGAAACCAAACAUUAAAAAGUGAAUAGUCAAUACCGA